UUCCCAUUAGGUUAGUAUUGGGGACAACGAGAAUUGUUUGCAGAGUGCCCCAGUGAAAUACAUUACAGGAUUACUGUAGACUAGUUCUUUUUCAUUAGGGAUGAGCCCUCUGUGCCUGAAGAUCAGAGGGUGACAUGCGCACUGCACGGAGCGCACAAAAGCCGCGGACACAAUGCUGGAAAAUAAAGCGCUCAGCUUGCUUCUUGAUAUCGUGCCGUCUCUCAAUAAGCUGUUAUGACUUGUCCCAUCAGGAAAGUGUCAUUCUUGGUAUUCGGUUCAGGCAAAUCUGCCCUGCGGACUGGUGGAGGUGGAGGACGUGCUGUGCUUGGAACUCAGUGGGGACCUGUUGAUAGCCCACCGGCGAUGCAAUGGAGGUGCCAAACAGAGAAGAAUGACAUCUAACUAAGGCAGAGAGUCACAAAGCAGCAAUUCAUCUGAGCAACCUGUCAGGCGGUGAUGGAAAUCAUGGAUACUCAGUGUGCCUUGGAGGCUGUGGAGAGACUGCAAGCCAAACUGAAGGAGAGAGGGGAGGCCCCCACACAGGAGAAACUCUCCCUGCUAAAGACUGUCCUGCAGAGCCCCCUGUUCCAUCAUAUACUCAGCUUACAGCAAGCUCAGCGGAAGCCCGUGGCGAAGGGGAAGGGCAUUUCCAAAUCUGUGUCCAUGAACUGUGGACCGUGCCAGGGCAUGGCGGUAGGGCUGAAGACACUGAGCCACAGUGACUCCUACACAUGGGCCGUGGAGAACCGAAGGCCCAGCACUGCCAGAUCCUUCCACAGGGAAGGCAGCAUCUCCUCUCUAGGCUCACAGGAUCUGUCCUUCUCAGACAUUUACCCAGGCAACUGCAUUCCCACCGAAUCACAGUACUGCACUCCCCCUCGAAUCUCCCGCACCAUGUCGAUGGGGAGAAACCUGUCUGCUAUUGCUCAUGAGAGGCGUCAUGUGGAGAUGAUUGAGCUGACCAAUGAUGGUAAGGGGCUUGGCUUUGGCAUCAUAGGAGGGCGGAACACAGGAGUCAUGGUCAAGACCAUCCUUCCUGGAGGAGCUGCCGGCCGGGAUAAGCGCCUGAGUAGUGGAGACCAGAUCCUGCGCAUCGGAGAUACAGAUCUGGCGGGCAUGAACAGCGAGCAGGUGGCACAGGUGCUGCGAAAUGCUGGUAGCAAGGUGAAACUGCUCAUUGCCAGGGAUAUUACCAAGGACAACCACCUUUCCUCUCCUGUCCUCAGCCAGGACAGCUUGGAUGGCAAGCUCAAUGACUUGAAUGAUGACUAUGAGUUCAGUGUGCAGUUCACUAAAAACAGCCGGGGCCUGGGAUUCACCAUCGCUAGCUACAUAGGUGACCUAAACUCAGUCUACAGUGCCGGUGUGAUAGUGAAGAGCAUAGUGAAAGGCAGCACUGUUGAUCAAGAUGGACGCAUCCACAUUGGAGACAUCAUACUAUCUGUGGAUGGGGUGAGCCUGCAGGGCUGCAGUGAGCAGAGGGCAAUGGAGGUGCUGCGUAGGACAGGUCCUCUGGUCAGACUGAGGUUGCUGAGGAAGGCCGUCCGUCUGAGCCACAUCCUGCCCCCGGUUCCUCCCCUGCAGCCCCUCCGACACUCCCACAGCUUCCACGAGGGCAAUCCCUACAGAGCGGGCCUCAACAAGAUCCAAGAGACAGGAAUCUGCUCUCUGCGUGAAAUCUCCCGGCGAGCAGCAUACGCCAGCAGACGACCCCGACAUGAUUCCAGAAACGGUGUGACGCUGACGCCAGCUGAGGAGGAGGACCUGAGGAGGAGGUGGCAGCAUGCGGUUGGACCCAGAUAUGAAGUCAUUGUGUGUCAGCUGGAGCGUUUCAGCGAGACGAGCGGUCUGGGCAUCAGUCUGGAGGCUCGGGCGGGACAUCAUUACCUAUGCUCCAUCUUACCUGAGGGGCCCGUCGGCCAAAGCGACAAGAUCAUCACCGGAGACCAGAUAUUGGAGGUGAAUGGGAUCCCUCUCAUUGGAGAGACACAUAAGGAGGUGGUCAGUAUUCUUAAGGAGCUGCCGAUGCAUGUGUGCCUGGUGUGCUCUCGCAUCGUACCCCCUUCAGUUCCUGACAGUGAUGAAGAAGAUGAUGAUGAUGUCCAUCUCACCCUGAAGGAACUGCUGGCUGAGUUCAAUGACAAGUUGGAUCAGGGCUGUGUCAUUCCCUGUCCUACAGCUGAGGACAUCACCAAGCGUGGCGUGCCCCCCAUGUCACCUCCUCUGGCCAUGUGGGAGAGAGAGGCUCAGGUGGUUGAGCUGGAGAAAGGCGAGUCGGGACUGGGCUUCAGUAUCCUGGACUACCAGGAUCCAGAAGAUGCCACUAAAACAGUUCUGGUAAUCCGGUCCUUGGUGCCUGGAGGUGUAGCAGAUCGAGAUGGUCGCCUGCUGCCUGGUGACCGACUCAUGUUCGUUAAUGAAACUGAGCUGGAAGGCUCCAGCCUGGAUUAUGCUGUGCACGUCCUCAAAUCCACCGGCUAUGGACUUGUCCACAUUGGUGUUGCCAAACCCCUGCCACUGGAACUGUGCGGCGGCUUAACGCCCAUCUCAGAGAGGAGCACGCGGGCUUCCUGCGAUGACACCGACAGCCACACUCAGGUCAGCCUGCUAGCUGAGGCAGCCGAGGCUAGCAACACUUUCAACUCUGAGGACAACAGCGUCAUCCAGCCAUAUUACACAACAACGGAAAGCCAGCUGCAUAAUCGCUUCAGCAUCAUGGAAGACGACGAUAGGCAGCAAGUCCCGCCUCCACCUCCACCUCCCCGCACCAGCUUUGAGAGGACAAUCACUGUUGUCCGGGGUAACCGUAGCCUUGGGAUGUCGGUGAGUGCAAUCAAGGACGGCUCAGGCAUGCUGGUGCGCAGUGUGGUCCAGGGGGGCUCUGUUAGCCAGGAUGGCAGGCUAGGGGUGGGGGACGCCAUCUUGGCCAUCAACGGAGAACCUACCUCCAACCUGACCAACGCCAAGGCCAGGGCCUUGCUUCGCAGACACUCUGUCAUAGGGCCAGAAAUGAGAUCUACCCAUGCAGAUCUUGACAGUCUGUGUGACUCGAAUGAUAUAAGCUACGUCCCAGCCCAUCAGGUGGAUGAGCACCGUACGCGUCUGUGUUUGCCCCCUCUGGCAUCCAUCUCAGCAGACAGCGCUUCCUCCUCACCCACCCCAACAACACCUUCUCCAGAACCUGCAUCGGCCCCAGCCAGAUCCCCCGGUCCAGUCAGAGCUCCGGCUCUGACUCCAGCUCCAACCGCCCUCAAACCCUCUGCCUCAGUCAAAUUUAAAGCUGCAGCUCCAGAUCCAGCAGUCACAGUUAGAGCCUCUGCUUCGUUCAAAGCUCCAUUCAAGGGCCCAGCCAUAGUUCCCACCAUCGCCCCAGACCCAAGUUGGCAGAUUCCAAAAUCUCUACCUGCCAUGAAUAAAAGAGCAGGAAAAGAAGAUGGAAUCACUGUGGAAGAGAAAAAGGACACGAUUAGUGCAGAUGGGAAAGUACCAAAGCUGGAGGUGGAGAUAAAGAUGGAUGGUAAAGAGGAGGGCGAUGGCGAGCUCUAUCCUCACACCACCGUGUAUUGGGAUCAACCUAGAAGUGUGCAGCUGACUCGAGCACCGGGCCAGUCCCUGGGUAUCAGCAUAAUGGGAGGCAGAGGCAUGGGACGGAGACUGAGCAGUGGAGAGAUGAUGAGGGGAGUCUUCAUCAAGCACAUCAGCCCCGACAGCCCGGCAGCACAUAAUGGCACCCUCCGGACUGGAGACAGGAUACUGGAGGUGUGUGGUGUGGACUUAAGAGAUGCCAGCCAUGAGCAGGCAGUGGAGGCCAUUCGCAGGGCUGGAGAUACUGUGGACUUCCUGGUCCAAUCCGGACAACACAGAUCUCAGUCUCCUAUGCUCACCAACCAUGAAAGACUGACUCCAACACCACAGUCCAACUCACACAGCAGCAAGGAAGCAGAGUCUCUCAGUGGUCUAUUCCUUAGUCUCUCCCCUACAAACCCCUUCACUCCCACCCCCUUUAAGGUACCUUCGCCAGCAUCAGAUAGAAAGGAUCGGAGAAGCCCCAUAAUUGUAACAACACCAAUCACAGCAGCAGCUGAGGAUGAGGGCGACACUGGCAGGAAAAAGAUGCUUCAGCGCUAUGGCAGCCUGUCUGGGAAGCUUCAUAUGAUUGAGCUGGAGAAGGAUCCUGCGGCUCACGGCCUGGGAAUCAGUCUCUCGGGGGACAAGGAUGGCUCUAGGGCCCGCAUGAGUGUCUAUGUGGCGGAUAUAGACCCUGAAGGUCCUGCUGGUUUAGAUGGGAGGAUACAGGUUGGAGACGAGCUAUUGGAGAUCAACGGCCAGAUCUUGUACGGUCGCAGUCACCAAAAUGCCUCCACCAUCAUUAAUAACGCUCCGUCUAAAGUCAAGAUCAUUCUCAUCAGGAAUAAGGCAGCUCUGAGUCAAAAGGCUCAGGGAUCCAGAACAGAGUGUGAGGACACAGUCGACUCCAGGAGAGACUCAGCAGAGCAUGGAGGAUUAUCCACAGACAUCCACCAAAUCAUCCUACCGCAGGAUCAUGUAGGUCUCGGCCUCUGCCUGGUAGAGGUUGACUCUAAGGAUGGAGUGGUCGUCAGGUCACUGAUCCAGCACGGCACUGCUAGUAAGGACGGCAGAAUAAAGCCUGGAGACAGAAUCAUAGCAGUGGGUGAUGAACAUGUGGCCGGUGUGUCAGUGGACAAGGUGUCCUGUUUGAUCCUCAAACACCGGGUCACUGUCAAGCUCUCCAUCAGCCGUUCCAAGCAGCUCUCCUCCUCUUCCACUCUACCUCUCCCUACGUCUCAUUCCUAUCCCUGCUCUGCUGCUCCUGCAUCUUCCCUAACCCUCCCUGUUUCCUCCUCCUACUCUUCAUCCCUAAAUACCAUGCAGACCUCUCCCGCAGGUCGGUCUGAUUGGCUAGGAUCUGCACCCACAACUUCUGACCCCCUGAGCUGCCCAGUCGUCGCUGGCAGGGAAACCAUGAUGGAGAUCUGUAAAGGAAAUGUAGGCCUGGGCCUCAGCAUUGUAGGAGGAUGUGACACUCUGCUGGGGGCAGUAGUAAUCCAUGAAGUAAAUGAUGGAGGAGCAGCACAGAGAGACGGAAGAUUGCAGGCUGGAGACCAGAUAUUAGAGGUCAAUGGAAUAGACCUGCGGCAGGCCACUCACGAUGAGGCUAUUGGCGUGCUGCGGCUCACCACCCGGCGUGUUCGCCUGUGUGUCUUCAGGCACCAGGAGACCUACAGGGAGGAGGACCUGUGGGACGUCUUCAGCGUGGAGCUCAGACCUCGUCCUGGAGAGGGGCUGGGGCUCACCACCGUGGGAAAGAGCAAUGACACGGGCAUCUUUGUGUCAGAUAUCAUCAGAGGAGGCGUAGCAGAUUCAGAUGGCAGAUUGUUGCUAGGUGACCAGAUUCUGUCAAUCAAUGGAGAGGAUGUCCGUGCAGCGUCACAGGAACAUGCACAGAAGCUCCUACAGAGUUGCAGUGGAGUGGUGCACCUUGAGGUGGCUCGUUUCAAAGCUGGGGUGCAGUACUCACACGGGAGCCAGAGCGAAGACUCUGACUGUUCCACCCUGACCCCAUCACGUGGAUGUGAUGCUGCCCUCGGCCACCAGAGGGAGACAGAUAACAAAACAGGGAGCUGUACAAUUCAAGACUUCCCUAACAUCAGAAAAGUCAUAAUACAAAAGGGUCCAUGUGACUCCCUGGGCAUCUGUGUAGCAGGAGGAGUGGGCAGUCCCCAUGGCAACGUACCUAUUUUUAUUGCUACCAUGGAUACCAAUGGACUGGCUGCCAAAACACAGCAAUUACAGACAGGAGACAAGAUUCUCAGUAUCAAUGAUGUGUCCACGGAGGGAAUGACUCAUGUCCACGCCGGAGUCCUCCUGAAGAACGCCACCGGAACCAUCAGUCUGCAGGUCGCAGCAGGUUCUGGUGGGUGCAGCACACAGGACCACAGUGUCCAUGCCCGGUCAUCAGGCCAACCCAGCAGCCUGCCCUGUUUUCACAACAACCUCUGUGCUCGCAUGUAUAAGACCAUCACUCUGGAGAGAGGCUCCUCAGGCCUGGGUUUCAGCAUCGUAGGAGGGUUCGGCAGCCCUCACGGAGACCUGCCGAUCUACAUCAAAACUGUCUUCAACAAGGGGGCGGCCAUAGAAGACGGCAGGCUGAAACGUGGAGAUCAGAUCAUUGCAGUGAAUGGACACUGCCUGGAGGGUGUGACCCACGCAGAAGCUGUGGACAUCCUCAAGAAGACCAAGGGGAGUGUAGUCCUCACUGUUCUCUCCUGAGACAUGGUUCAUUUUGUCCCAUUUUGUUUGAUUAUUAUGGCAAAGUAGCCCUCAGUUGAUGUCAGCUACUUCCUGUAGAUGUGCUUCACAAACACCUGAGAGGGCAAAUAAGGAUAGUUAAAGUGAUGUAGUUUUGUUUAGAAUCAUAAGCAGAGUAGAUACUGUGAGUGUCAAUUUAUCUGCAUUUAGUUUAGGGAAGCUACCUCUAACUGCAGCGCGGGUGUGUUUAAAUGCACACAAUAUUCCUGAUAUAAACUCAUAUUCCUGUGAAGGUGUUAUUUGAAAUAAUGUGUUAAUGUUAUGAAUCUUCAUACAGCAAUGAUGAAUAUUUCCGCAUUUUUUAUAUUACCAUGGAAGCGACGUUCAUAGAAAUCAAAGCACCAAAAGCAGAUCAUAAAGAAGCCAACAUCACAGUGUCCCAACUAAUGAUGAUAUAAUGUGUCUUAAUUACCCUGUUCAAGGUAUUUGUAAUACACUUAUGCAUUGAUACGCAUCAUUUCACAUGUAAACACACUCAUGAAUAAAUCACCAUCCACAAACCACUGAAUCAGCCGACAAAUGAAUGCAAUAGAAACAUCUGACAUGUGACAUGUUUUACUGCUGUCUCUUGACUUGUGUUCGCUCAGAGCUAAUUACUGUGAUAAACUCCUAAGGCCCACUACAUGCCAAGUGCUUCUGCCAAUCUUUUAUAUGGCAAUAAGGUUUUAGGAUAUUUGCUUUGUGUAAGACUGUUUUACUUUUAUUCCUCAUUCUCGUAUUCUGAUAAUUAAAAAUGUGUCCUAAUUCCUUGACUUAUCAGUGUAUUAAAUGAUGUGUAUGAUUAGCGAUUAGAACCACCUUGUGUGAAGGAGUUAGAACAGAAAAGAAACUAAUUUUGCUACAUCUGUUAAAAGCAGCUGCUAAUUCCAGUUACUUUAAAUGUCAGCUCCAGGAGUAACUGAUUUGUUAUUAUUUAUUUAUUAUUUAUUUAUUACUGUUUUCAUAAUCUUAAAUUUUAUCAGUUGUUUUUUGGACUUUAAUGGAGUAUUGUUAUAGCAUAAAGUGCAAUCUUUAUUUAGAAACCUUCUCAUAACUGUUUUAUAUGAUUUUAUAUAUACUGUGAUAUUUACAUUUUCUUCACUGUCAUUUAUUUUAUUUCAUUUAUGUGAGUAGUCCUCAGAGCCACAACACACACACACACACACACACAAACACACACACACACACACACACACACACACACACACACACACACACAGACACACACACCUGAGUGUUUGGCAUUGUGUAGCAUUGUAUAAUUGAAUGUACUGUAAGUGAUCCUAUUAAAUGGUCAUUUGAUAGA